CGCGCAUUGCGGCAUCUGGUCAUUGCCAACGUCUACAGCAUGCCUCAACUGAACCACCGCCGCUCUGCGCAAGGGAGCCUCGAAAGCUCGUACACAACGGCCGAGUCGCCGCCGAUAGACGAUGAUAUCGAUGGGAGCAGCUGUCCAGCAUGCACGUUCAUCAACAAGCCUAGUUCGGCAUUAUGCGCAAUGUGUGAGCAGUUCAUCGGUCCGCCCGCGCACACUAUCCACAGCGACGGGUCUUGGAGCUGCGGCUCAUGUGACCACCACAACGAGAACGGCAUGCACGAAUGCUACUACUGCGACGCGCCGUACGUGUCGGCAGUCGCGAGCGCCGUGCCGCUCACAAUCUUCUGUUCCCGGUGUGGGGUGCGCAACUCGGGCACUUCAGGAGCGUGCAUCUCUUGCAACCACACGUUGCUGUCCAGGUUGGAGUCGCUCAAGCAUGAAUGGACCGACACGGCCAACUUUGUCGCGCGGGACCUGGGGCUGCACGUCCACGUCCGGUGCCCGGGGUGCAUGACCGUGUGCGCGGUGCCGGCGUCCGCGUGCUUUCGGUGCGGCGCGUGCCACACAUGCUUUGCCGCGCCGACCGUCGGGGACGUCACGAGCUUCCACGUCGCCCGCCUCACGCGGUCCUUGUCCUCCAGCGUGCGCAGUCUGUUUCACACAUCGGAUCAUCCGCCGCCUCGUCCUCGUUCCAAGCCGACGGCCCUCAACCAAUCGUUUUUUUGGCGCUUGUUUCAACCAAGUGACAGCAGUGACGAGUCGGACGAUGACAAGCCCCUCUUUGGGUCGCCUCGACGGAACCCCCCGCCGUCCUCCGCGGACAACGCGCGGACAAUCCCUGUCGGCAUCCGCCUCCCGCAGACCCCCCACGUCCAUCGCACCGACAGCCACGGCGUCGAGUACAAUCAUCUGCCGCCGCCGCCGUCUCGACAGGUUCCCGUACACGUGAUGGACUCGUACGUGGCCCCUCGCAAGAGCGACGCCAUACCCACUUCAUUCGAACGAGACUGGGACCUCCGCCGUAUGUCGUCGUCUGCCGAAGAAGAAGCCAAGCAGGAGCUGGACGACGACGACGACGUCCUCGCUCUCACCGUGUCACACACGGGGGGCUUCCACGUGUCACAUGCCCACACCGUGCAUUUCUAACGUUAGUCUUAUGGGAUUCCAAAAUUUAUUGAAUUUUAAUUUUUAUUGACAUUUCUUCUUUUU